GUUGGGCUCAGUGUUUCAGGAGUGACAUCAUUUCCAUCAAAACUGAAGUCGUUCCAGACUGCAGUAGCUAUGGGAGUGUUCCCAGUUCCAUUUCCAGGUAAGAGGUUCUCAUAGUUGUAACUGUCCAUCAGAUUCGUCACAUUGUCAGGAUAUUGUGGGGGAUUUGAAUGAUCAGUUGUACAUCGUGCAUCCUCAUCUCCUGGAGCCUGGGCCCAGCAGAGCACUGUGAGAGCUGCAAUGACCAGCAGAGACCUUACUUCAAAGGCCAUUAUUAUAACCUGCAGGGAAAAGAUUUGCCAAACUAAAAUCUUGCCCUUAAUCCACAUAUUCA